CUCUCUCUCUCUCUCUCUCUCACACACACAGUCUCUCUCUCUCUCUCUCUCACACUCACACACACACAGUCUCUCUCUCUCUCUCUCUCUCUCUCUCUGUCUCUCUCUCUCUCUCCUCCAGCCGGUUACACACUGAAAUCAGGCUCCCAGAAGAAAAUCCUCGGAGCUUUCAGCUACACCAUAUUCCACUUUAACUCCAGUGAGUGUGUGAGCGCCUUCUUCUUCUCCUCCUUCCCUCUUCUUUUGGUUUUUGUCGUUUUCUGUCCUCUUUGUUGUUGUGUUUUUGUGCUGAGAGGAUUUGGGAGGAAAAGCAGGGAUACGCGCGAGCUCGGUUUGGGCGUAGCUGGAAGAGGAAACAGCGGUUGGAGCCUCGGUUGUUCACUGUACCUGAUAGUGGUUUGAGUUCCCUGUUUCCCAAGAUGAAACCAGACGGGGUUGACUCAGGAGCGACGGAGCCAAUGGUAGCACUAGAUGCAGAUCCCGUGAUCCAGGGGGAGCCGCUGGGGGAAGGCCAGGAUCAAGCUCCGCCCGCUUCACAAACGGAAGAGAUGGAACAAGGGGAGCCGCAGACAACCGAGACGCCCGCGGCCGCCACCAAGCCCAGCAAGGAUAAGACUGCAGACCCAAAAGCAAAGACAAAGGGUGCCACCAAAACAAAGACAUCCACCACUGGCGCUCGUCCCAGCACCACUCAGAGCCGCAUAACGAAUGGAGUACAGAAGCCGCCACAAGCCAACGGCGUUGCCAAGAAGACCACCACUAGCGCAGCUGCCGAGAAGAAGACAACCAGUGCAGCUUCUAAAAAGCCUGUAGCUGCCGUUGGGGCAGUGAACACCAAGACCACCAGCAAGACUGCAGAAAAGAAGCCCAUUGGGUCACCAAAGACCACCGGCACGACGCAGCCGGCCAAGAAGACAUCUGUCAAUGGCGAAAAAGCCAAACCAAAACCUACAGCGUCUGCUCCCAGACCUGCCUCUGCCAAUACCACCAAGCCCAACACGACUUCCUCUCCCAAAACCGACAAGCCACCUGUCUCCAAGACAACCAGGCCUGCCACAGGCACCACAGCUUCUCGCCCAGCUUCUGCUGCACCGAAGUCAGCUGCCCCUGCCACAUCCAAGACACCAACAACUGCAUCAAAGACCACUCCAUCUGCAGCCAAAACAACCACCUCCACUGCUAAACCAUCACCUGCUAAAACUCCCUCUGCUGCUCGAGCUCCAACCACAUCCACAAAAAGCCCUACACCCAACAAGAAAGAUGCAAGCAAGCCAGCCACCCCUGCAGCCAAGAAGUCAACUGCCUCCCCUCUCACUCGCCCUGCUUCGACUAAGACCAACAAGCCUGACACACAGAAGGCAGCCACAACAGCCAAACAAGAGUCUGUCUCCAGGAAACCUUCUACCCCCAGCAAGCCAGCAGUGGAAUCCAAGACGAGUAAGCCUAAGGAGAGUAAACCAACUCAAUCAAAGGAAAUCAGUGCUGCCAUGAAAACAUCUAGCACUAAGAACAGCACAGCCAAGGCAGCCAGCCCUAAGAAAGUAGUGGGGAGCAGCACUCCCAUGCCGGUUAAACGUGGCCCCAAACCUGCACAUAAAGAGAAAGAGGCCGAAGCUCCUGCUGUUGAGACUGCUGCUGCAGUUGAAGCCAUGGCUGUUGCUGCUGCUGCCACAGCUGCUGGGACCUUUAUUGCAGUGACAGACAAUGAAUCUGAAGUCCAGUCUGAACUCCUGCCUGAAUCCAAGCCUGAAGUUGCACCUGUAGUCAAGCUCGAAGUUUCACCUGAAACCAAACUCGAAGUUGCACCUGAACCCAAGCUCGAAGAUGCACCUGAACCCAAGCUUGAAGCCACACCUGAACCCAAGCUCGAAGAUGCACCUCAACCCGUUUCACCACUCCCAUUGGAAACCGAGUCUCAGCUCUCAACUGAAAUCAAGUCUGAACAUCUGCCUGAAACUAUGUCUGAACUCCUACCUGAAACAAAGUCUGAACUUGAACCUGAGCCCAAAUCAGACCUCCUGUUGGAAACUGAGUCUGAAUUUUCACCUGAAACUAUGUCUGAACUCCUGCUUGAAACCAAGCCUGCACUUGCAUCUGAACCCAGAUCAGAAAUCCUGUUGGAAAGUGAGUCUGAAUUUACACCUGAAACUAUGUCUGAACUUCUGCUUGAACCCAAGCCUUCACUUGCACCUGAACCCAGAUCAGACAUCCUGUUGGAAAGUGAGUCUGAAUUUACACCUGAAACAAUGUCUGAACUCCUGCUUGAAACCAAGCCUGUAGUUGUACCUGAACCCAAACUCCUUUUAGAAAGUGAACUUGAAUACACAUCUGAACACCUGCUUGAAACCAUGUAUGAAUUUGCACCUGAACCCCAAUCAGAACUUCCACUGGAAACUGAGUCUGAAUUUACAUCUGAAACUAAGUCUGAAUUACUGCUUGAAACCGAGUCUGAAUUUCCCUCUGGCCCUGAACACAAGUCAGAACCCUUGUUGGAAACUGAGUUUGAAUUUGCCCCUGAACCCAAGUCUGAACUCCUGUUGGAAAAAGAGUCUGAAAUUGCCCCUGAGCCCAAGUCUGAACCCCUGUUGGAAACAGAGUCUGAAACUGCCCCUGAACCUGAAUCUGAACCCCUGUUGGAAACAGAGUCUGAAAUUGCCCCUGAACCUGAGUCCCAACUCCUGUUUGAAACUAAGCCUGAAACUCUGCCUGAAACGAUCCCAGAACCCACAGUUGAAUCUUUGAUUGCUGCUGCAGUUGAAGACAUUGCAGGAGACACUCAGGACAUUCGAUCAGAUACAGAAGAAGAAACACCUGAAGAGGUGGUGCCACAGCUGGCAGCUCAGCUGAAUCUUGAGCACCCAAGUGCUCCUUCUACUCUUGGAACAACAGUAAUGUCACCACCAUCCUCCCCCACUGGAGAGUCUCCCACGCAUGUGGAACCCCAGAUCUCUGCUGCACUACAAGAUAUGUAUGCUGCCAGUAAUCCCUGGGCACAGAAUCAGCCCAUGUUCUCAAGUGAUAUUACCACAGAGAAUCUGGAGCAAGAAGAGAUCAGGGUUCAAGAGGAUCUCCUGACCACCAUGGAGUCUGCAGAAGAGGAGGCAGUGGAUGUAGGGAAACCUUUCAAUCUGAGAGUGGAGCCUGACCUGUUGAGUAGUUCCCAUGUGGAGCAUUUCAGCAGUGUGUCACCUACUUCUCCUAGUAUGGAGAAGGAGGAGGCAGUGGAAAAAGCAGAGGAAGAAAUCAAUGAGGAUGACCAUGAGGAGGAGGAGGAAGAAGAAGAUGAUGAGGAUCAGCAAGAGAGGGAGAUUGUAAAGGUUCAAGCAGUGCCUGAAACACAGAAAAUGGACGAUUUUAAGUUUGGAUUAUCAGAAUUUAGCAGUUCCAAUAGUGGCAUAAUGCAGUCUGAUGAUUUUGGCAGGAUCGUCCAACAGGAGCAAGUAGAAACAGCCUCACCCUUCCAAACGGAGAGUCAUCACAAUGAUGAAGAUGGAGAGGACUUCACUUUGAAAAAAGUGGAAAUGGAACAGCCAUUUAUGGGCCCACCAGGGGUCAAAUCUUUUUCAGAUGAAGAGGAAGAGGAAGAAGAAGAGGAGGAAGAGGAGCAGGAAAAGGAGGACAUGGACACUGGUCCAGAGCAUAUUGACAAGGACCACAUGGACUUUGGCCAUGAGCAAGCUGGUGAUCACCACAUGGAUGUUCAGCUCAAAUCUGAAGAAGAGGAGGAGCACGAAGAUGAAGAUGUUGAGAUGGUUAGUGAAGGCCAGAUGGAGAGUGGAAGCAAGAUUGCUGGAGAUGAGGAUGACUACGAUGAAGGCUAUCUAGACAACUUGAACUGCACUGCUCCAGCUCCCUCAAUACCCAUGACUGCAGCCUGGGGCCCAUCCAACCCCUUUGUAGACACUUGGGCUCAGCCAACCUCCAUCAACAUAACAUCCAGUCCCUUAGACAUCAAGGCAGCUGAUCCUGAGACGCCCACAAAGUCCCCUGCUGAAGCCUGGCUUGAGAAGCCUCUAGGUCAUUUGACUGAACCACACCUUGUGGUCCGUGAAGAGACCGAGAGCUCAGUCCCAGUGGAUGGCACUAACCUGUGUGCACCUGCAAUUGGUAUGUCCCAGUCAAGCACCCUUAGUGGAACAGCCCUGGCAGCCCACAGCAGCAGUGAGACCAGCACACCUGAAGAGCUGCGAGACUACGACAGCAGUUCAGGUGUGGAGUCACGCUCGGACAAGCAACAGACGCCUGUCCCCACAGCCCAGCCUGACCAGGAACAGGACCUCGGGAUUCACCUGGAGCGAGGGGAUGGGGAGGAAGAGGAAGCAGAGACACUUCCAGCAGAUGAGGUCCUGGGUGAUGCUCCAACUGCACCAGCAUCUGUUCCAUCAUCCCCUACUACGUCUGGGGAUGAGGCAAGUGAUACUGAAGGAGAGAUGCAAAUCAAUGACCCUGAUGCUCCAGCUGAUGACACUGCAGCCUUAGACAGUCCUACUGCCUCCCGAAACCUCCCUGCCUUGGAGGAAGAUGAGGAGGCCACCGACAUGCAAGCUGGAGAGGAAGAUGGUGGGACCCCGCAGUCCGCCAACUCUGUAGCCUCCUAUGGCUUUGACUGCUCAGUAUCCAACUCCAAUGCUCAUUCUACUGCGGAGAGCUGUGGUAAGAGCCCUGGGAUUUUUUCCCUGGAGAACGAAGACCAGCUUCCGGAAGAGGCUAAGGAUCCCUCACUCAUUAAGGAGCUGACCUUGCCUGCUGCAGCCGCUCAAGCCGAGGAUCUACUGGGUUGUCCUGUCGACCUGCUUCCCCUCGGCCAGCAAGGGGAGUCACACGCCAAUCCUGAAGACCAGUACCUGCUUUGUGGGAAAACAGGAGCCAGCGCUCUUGAGGAGUCCGACCCUGAAUCUCCCAUGCACCUGUCUCCCCAGCACGGGGACAGCACCGAUGGCCAGCCACCUUACUACUCUACCAUAUGUGAUAACACUGAUAGCUUUCUGGCAGGUAACGUAUAAAGUCCCCUAAUGGAAUGCACCUUUUCCCGCACCCUUCCCAAAACAGCACCCUCUCUUCUUUUUUGUCGUUUGUUUUCUUACCAGUCCAGGCGAUGGUGUAAUGAAACAGGGGGAAAAAAAAAUUGGACAUAGGGGGAUGGACUGUAGGUUUAUCAGUGCUGCUUUCUCUUUCUUACUACUAUUAUAGUCAUGGUUAUGAUUGUAUGGCUUAAAUUCCUGUAUGUACAAUAGCUAUUCUCAUUUUCUAUUAGAAUGUACUAUUGAAUAACACUGCAUACUACAGCGCCCCUGACCUUGGAUUGAUAGACUGAACUGUUGUGAAGUCCUUUAAUGACUAAGGAAAGCAAAAAACAAAACAAAAAAAAACUAAAGAAAAGAAAAAGGAUCACAUUGGACGGACUCUAUCUAUGUUUGUAUUUAUCCUACUGUUUUUACCGAACAAAUGUCAAAUGAUUUUUUUUUUUUUUACUUGUUUUAUUGUUUAUUUUUGUUAAGUUCCUGGUCUUCUCUUGCACUGUAGACGUACUCUUGCAUCUUUUUUUUAAAACUUUUUCCUGUGUCAAGAACUAACUGUUUUAGCACUAAAUAAGGAUAGAUCUUCUUCCAGAGGCUUCGCACUUUGGGGUUUUUUCAAUGUAGGGAAUUGUUGGAAUGUUAGAUGGCAAGCAAUGUUGUUUUGUUUUUACAUUUUUUUUCUAGUAUAAAAAAAUUUCCAGCACAUUUUUGUGAAGGAUAACUUAUCAUGAUAAGUCACAUACCACAGCUUUUUAAGUACUCAGCAGUGAUCUGGUUGUGUUGAUUUGCAGUAGUUGGACAUUUUUCUUUGGCUCAAAUAUUCAAUGUGGUGGGAAAAAAAAUGACACUCGCAUUUUUAAAAAAUGACACUUCAAUGUGGGUGGCGAGUAUUGGACAUUUGGAUUGGAAAUUGCAUGUAAAACUAAUUGCGUUACUGUAAUACUGUUCAAGACCUAUUAUGUCAGGAUGAUCAAAAAAAUAAUAAUAAUAAUGGUUCACACUAAUUAAAAGGUUUUUCAAAAUUCCAUUAAACAUCAUUUCAAGGC